GUUGCUCUCAUUACUGUCAUGGAGCAAUUGUUGGAUUUGGAAUCUCUGAAGAAACUCACUCCUGAACAGCAGAAGUCUUUGAUAUCUGGAGUUAAGCAACAAGCUGCAAUUUUAAAUGCUCAGAAUAUGAUCAGUAUUUGUGAACCUUUGUUAUUUAAGGAUUUGUCUGAGCGAUGUUUGACAAAAUGUAUCACAAGUCCGGGCACCUCUUUAUCGAAUAACGAGAAACACUGUCUGCAAAGGUUUGCAUGUAUCGUUAGAAAUUCUUUUUAUUAG